AUGUCACCGCCAGCACCUUCCGCUCUGGAUGAGGGCGAGCUCGAGAGGUGCAUGGCGGAACUGGAGAUUCUUGACGACCAGCUGGCCGAUGAGCGACUGUCACGGAAACCACACUUUCUCGAUUACGACAACAAAUCGCCGGCCGAACUGGAGGAACGGCAAGAACCGACCGUUGUCGCUUCUCUGCCAUCGCCCAAAGUGCCGGCCGUGGUCGGUCACUUUCGGUAUCCUUCCAAUAAUCGCAAAGAGGUGCCCAUCGAUGAGCUAGCGCAUCAGAUGAACUCGUCCUGCGAUACUGUACCGGCCGGCUAUCCUAAACCCUCGCCAUUCGGUGGCACGUGGCCGAUGAAGGAGCGGGUGCGAUCGGCACGAAACGGACCCCAGCUGCACCCGGUCGGUUCGGAGGUUGGCCCGAAAAUGGAGUGUGUCUAUUCGCUGCUCGCCAUGCUGGGGUCAACGAACGUGCUGGAGAUGUCGAACAAGUUUCUGGAGUUGUCGCGCAGUGACGAAAAGUGUGCCGCCUUACGGCGGGCCGGCUGUGUGCCGAUGCUGGUGCACAUCAUCCACAACGAUCCGAACGAACAGGCGCGCAAGAAUGCGCGGCUUGCGCUGGUAAAUGUGAUCCGUGCCAACGGUGAGGGAAUGGGUGCCCGUCGCGAGCUGAAAGUCCUUCGCCUGGUGGACCAUCUCAUCGAUUACGCCGAGAUGCUGAAGGAACAGCAUGCCGCUAUGGUGCAGGACGAAGCCAAAACAAAGCAACGGCCCCCGGCCGGUGCGGUUCCGGAGGAACAGGAACGGCGACCGAUACAGGCGAUCUGUACGAUGGCAAAGAUAAGCUACGACGAGGAACACCGACGGGCAAUGUGUCAGUUUGGGGCCCUACAAACCAUCGCCGCACUAAUCCAGCUCGACCAUGUCGUGCACGGCACGGCGGCCGACGUAUCGCCCAAGUGCAUCGAGCUGCGCCGCUACGCGAGCAUGGUGCUGACGAAUCUAACCUUUGGCCAGGGCAACAACAAGGCACUGCUGUGUGCGAACCGGGAUUUUAUGCAGGCCCUAAUCGCACAACUCGCCCGCAUCGAGCUGGUCCAGGUGACGGCUUCCGUGCUGCGCAACUUGUCCUGGCGGGCCGACACCGUAACCAAGCAAACGUUGGCCGAAAUCGGCACGGUACGCAUCCUAACGGAGGCCGCCAUGCACUGUACGGUGGAGAACACGCUCAAAUCGAUUCUUUCCGCGCUGUGGAACCUUUCGAACCAUUGUGCCCAUAACCGGUCGAGAAUCUGUGAGGUCGAGGGUGCGCUCGAGUUUCUAACCGAUCUGCUCACGUACGAUGCACCGAGCAAGACGAUGGCUAUCGUCGAGAACGCCGGUGGCAUCCUGCGCAACAUUUCGAACCACAUCGCGCAAUCCGACAGCUACCGGCAGGUGUUGCGGCGAAAGGGCUGUCUGAAGAUUUUGCUCGAUCAACUGAAAUCGCCCAGCCUGACGGUGGUAAGCAAUGCCUGCGGUACACUCGGCAAUCUUUCCAGUGGCAGCGCCGAGGAUCAACUGUUCCUACGGGAAAACGGUGCCAUAUCGAUGCUGCGGUCACUCAUCUACAGCAAGCACAACAUCAUCUCGAGCGGUUCUCGGUUGGCGCUGCGAAACUUACAGCACCAGCCGCACCACCUUCGUGGGCCGUACCCCCCGGGAGCUGUGGCGAUGACGGACGAGAAUGGUGAUCAUUAUCAUGCUGCCUCGGCGAAGAUGGCGGCGGUGGCGUCGACGGCGUUGGCGUUCGAAGCCCAGAAAGAGUUGCCCAGUCUAAACGUUCGAAAGCAGCGUGCGAUUGAGCAGGAGCAGCUGGAGAGUGCUUUCUUUGCCAAACCCAUCGCUUCGGUAGAGCGUACGGAGGAGCACGACGGAACGGAGACGGAUGAUGAUGAUGAGGACGAAGGAGGGGAGGAGCGUGAGAUGGCAACGGGCGGUGAGGUGGAGGGCGGUUUCGAUCAGGCGGAAAACACGGAGAGUGACACGUCCGUACGCUCUCCAGAACCAGUACCGUCGCACGAGCCCAUCAACUAUGGACUGCUGGAAGACUUGCAGCAGACGCCUUCGUACGACUACCAGGAGACGGACAUCGAUCAACUGACGGACUACUCGUUGCGCUACGCAGAAAACCAGUCCGAUUCGGACGAAGGAAACGCAGAGCAGGAAGGCCGCGAGCCGAGUGCGGAGGACCGAGUAGAGCACCGUGAAAAACCAUACCAGGGCGACGCGGUGGUCGGCAUGCUCAUACCGGAGGAUUCGGUCAAGUGUUACUACACCGAGGGUACUCCGCAGAUCAUCUCGAGCGCAACAUCGAUGAGUGAUCUGCGGGUGGUGGCAGCGCCGAGUGUGAAAACGGCGGCAAUCCACAAAUCAAACCCCAUUCCGAUCGGCCAACGGAUGAGCGUGGCCGGUGUGGGUCCCACGGUGGUUAGUGUCGGCCGUACCGAUGAUCUCGGGAGCAACACGCCUGACAAACCGUACAACUACUGCGAAGAAGGAACGCCCGAUUUUAGUCGCGACGAUUCGCUCACCAUUCACGAACUCGAUGGUGAGAUGGCGACGGAGGUGUUCAAGGAGGACGUUGGGGAACGGGGAGUUGGCAACGGGACACCGACAGUUCCGGCAACCGUGCUCGAUCCAACAGACUCGAUGCCCACGCCUGGCGUCACUGCCGCCAACGUCGCUUCCGCCACAGACCCGGCCGCUGUCAAAUCGGUUUCCUUUCUCAACACAGCGGAAGAGACGCCUCUGAUGUUUUCGCGUACCAGUUCGAUGGGUUCGCUGUCGAGUGCGGAACCUGUCUGUACCGACGACAAGAGCUCGAUCGUGAGCGAGUUUAGCCGACUGGCGUCGGGCGUAAUUUCACCGUCCGAACUACCGGACUCUCCAACCCAAACGAUCGCCCACUCGCCCCAUCGUACGGCGGCGGGGCCCGGUGAAGCGGCACGAGAAAACAUCGUUGUUGCGGGGCAGUGCGCUGGAGAAGAGCAAGCAAAGGACGAAACGACGGCAGUAGUGAUGAUGGUUGAUGAGACACCAGAGACGGAGAACCUGCACCCGCACCCGCACGACGCUGUUCCGCUAUCAAACGAUACGUUUGCGGACGUCGUGAACGUCAAUUUUCAAGUCGCCCAUACACCGACGCUGUUCUCGUGCUCUACAAGCCUCAGUAACCUUAGCAUCGAAGGGGAGGAAGCCAAAACAGAAGACGGUCCACCGGUGCUUCCACAUCCAGCGACCCUCGUCACCAUGGGGUCUAAUGGCAUUGGAGGAGGAAACGUUUCCGACGGAGAUUCGGACGCAGGAGGUGAUGAAGAGCUGCUGGCUUCGUGCAUCAGCAUCGGCAUGAGCAGUGUGGUGGCUCGUAACGCGACCACGAAAACGAAUAAGUCCGUGACGGCAACGAGAAUUUCGCCGCAGAGCAGCGAACUGGAGGCGCAAGUACCGAACGGGCUGUUGCCGUCCGACGAGGUGCAUGUGCAAGGCAACGAUUCGGACGAUAGUAUUUCCACGGGUGGCACGGCUGAAAACAGCGACCGGUUGGUCGAGGAGUGCAUACGGAGUGGAAUGUCUAAACCGAAGCAGCAGCCACCGGCAGAAGGCAAAUAUAAGCCUCCGGAUCGAGGUGCGGACCGGAGGUCGUUGCCAUUUGAAAAAGAACACCCGUUCCGGAUGAUGCGAACGACGGCACUGCCACCGUUAGUGGCCACCGAUGAGCUCAAUCCGUUUCACGUGGAAAAUAGUCCGUGCAACUUUUCCAUCGCUUCCGGACUUUCCGAUCUGACAGUUGCUUCCGAGACUAAUGUAUUGGAAGACAACCAUGAGCAUUCGACCAUGAGCGCUACGCACGAUUCAUUGAGCUCACUGUCACUGGAGUCCGACAAUGAUGAUCACAUACUCGACGAAGCGAUUGCCGCAGGCAUCGGCUCUAAGACCCAGCAUAGCGGCGCCCGUCCCCCGAUGAUGCAGGUGGCAGGCAGAUCGUCCGCCAACAUGGAAUCGAGUUCUCAAACUGGAUCCUCUGCAAUGGGAUUGUUGCUGACAACGGCAGCGGCCGGUCACAUAACUAACUCUGCCGACGAUGCCGCCGAUGACGAUUCGAUGGAUUCGAUCGAUUCGAUAUUCGCCAACGAUCCACAAAACGAUUCGUUGCUCGAACAGGCCAUCGAGACGGGGAUGAAGGGUGGCAUGAUGACGGAGUAUGGACCGAUCACCGGGUACGAGUUUCAGGCCGGUAUGCUUUACGGUACCAUUUCGUACCAGCGCGAACCGGAGCCAGCGGAAAGUUUGUCCGACCGGCACGAUGAUGAUUAUGAGCUGCUGACCGAGUGCAUCCACGCCGGGAUGCAAGGAAAGCCCCGCCCGGCUGGCACUAGUGGUACUGCAGUGGCGCAAGAUUCGAACGCACAGAGAGCUCCAGGUGGUGCAAGACGUCCGCAUAUCGCCUCCUAUUCUCCGUCGAGCUCCUAUCCUCCGCCGGUGGCCAGUUGUGAAGCCGUGCGCGUCAGAAAGUUUCAGAGGCCAAAAAACGUGCAAACUACGCCUGUGAUGUUAACGGUUGCCGGUGCCGCCGAAGCAUCAGCAGGCGUAGUAGAGCGCCAGGCAAGCUGGCAAACCACACAACCCAUCGGAACAUCGGCGAAAGUGAAGCCAGCGGGGGCACCGGUGGCGGCCGAGUGGAUGAACUUACGGUACAACCGGCAACUGCGGCUUCAUUCCGCCGGUAUUACCGCCACCACUGGCAUACACGGGGCGCCGACGAGCGGCGGUCCGAAGGCAUCGGGCGACCGUUCGGCGUCGGGAGCGAAUGGGUGUGAACAGCAACAACCGGCGGUCACGAUUGAAAAGCACAAAGAUCCCAAACAGAUGCUGCAAUCAGUCGAGCGUCUUACCGAGCGGCUAGUGUCUCGCACGCAAUACUUCCGCCCCGCAGCCGAAGACGGUAGUAACGUGGCAGAGCAGAACGAUGAUGGGAUGGAAAAAAGUGGAGGAGCGAGGACAGCAAUACCGAAGGGUAAGCUCGACAACCUAGCCAAGCGCUUUUUCAUGGCAUCAACAAGACCAAAUUAG